GAAACAGUGGGCAGGAAACGCCAAGCAGAGAGAAGUGAUCACGCUUUCCAACACCAUGGCACAGUACAAACAAUCGAAAAUGUGCUACACCGUAUAUUAUUAAAAUCCGGGAACGGCCACUGUUUUCGGCUUCUUACCAAGACCUUCGGAGACGUUCCUCGAAAGCUUUUCCGCCGAGGGAUUUCACAACUACCACCCGUGAAAGGUGUCUGCGCCUGCGGUCUAAAAACAUCGGGGCGGACCACGGGUGGAAGAGGAUUCGUAGAGAAGGGCUGUCUGUUUUCUGGAGCGAUGAGGGAGUAUAAAGUGGUCGUGUUGGGCUCGGGCGGCGUGGGUAAAUCAGCAUUGACGGUCCAGUUUGUGACGGGAUCCUUCAUUGAGAAAUACGACCCCACAAUAGAGGAUUUCUACCGAAAGGAGAUCGAGGUGGACUCGUCGGCCUCUGUUCUGGAGAUAUUGGACACGGCUGGGACCGAACAGUUCGCCUCCAUGCGAGACCUGUACAUCAAAAACGGGCAGGGAUUUAUUUUGGUCUACAGUCUGGUCAACCAACAGAGCUUCCAAGACAUCAAGGCGUUGAGGGAUCAAAUCAUCCGAGUGAAAAGAUACGAACGAGUGCCCAUGGUUUUGGUUGGAAACAAGGUGGACUUGGAAGGCGAGAGGGAGGUCUCUUCCGGGGAAGGCAAGGCGCUGGCUCAGGGGUGGAAUUGCCCGUUUAUGGAAACUUCUGCAAAAAAUAAAGGCUUGGUCGACGAACUGUUCGCAGAAAUCGUGAGACAGAUGAACUAUUCCUCUUUACCCAGCGGUGGAGAUCGAUGUUGUUCUUGUGUGCUUCUCUAAGAAAACAUGUUUCGUGCAGCUGUCAUUCAGGCCUGGAGAGAUGGAUUGGAGGACUCCUCCCUCUGCUGAACAGGGAGGGUCCGCUUUCUGUGGAUUCUGCUGGGCUCAAGGAACGUUUGCCCCCCAACAUUGGAAACUCCCUGCAAAAGCUCAUGUUUUGAUUUGUACAGUGUCAAAUAAACCCCAAACGCCAGGCAGUAAACCUGCACUGGUCACUGGAACUAGCCUAAACCUGAGCGUCCAGUUCAAAUAAGACUAAACAUAACAAAUAGCAUAAACAUCACGCUAUUGUACAUUACCUGCAGAAAAAUGCCUACUCAAGACAUGGGGCUUAUUCAUUACGCCGAUUCUGUUGCAAAACGCUUCUUAAACGGAAGCAAAUGGGGCGGGACCUACCUGAAUUGGUCCAAUAGAAACUCGUUUUGCUCUGUUUGCUUACGUUUGGUUCUUAAACGGUUUCCGUAAUGAAUAUGCCCCUGGAGUGUGGUGGUUUGAAUUUUUUGUGUUUUUUCUUUGGGACUGGUGACGACAUUGGAUUGAAUACAAAACUUGCUCUUCCCCUGCCAGUGUCACACUUUGAUUUGCACAAACAAGGACCUUAAAGAUGUUACUGACGUGACAUGGAGGAUACACAUGACUGGACCCCAUGUCAAGUGCCUUCCUAAGAAUUACACCUGUCUCCAUGUGCCAACCAAGGAGCCCUCUAAUCACAACAGUACUUUACAGUUUGUUUGAUUUCAGUUGGGCUCAUAGUGAAAGUGUUAACUUCCUUUUUGUAUUUUUCAGUGAGGAAGUUGAGGUGUAGACCUAGACCAACAAACAGUUAUUUCAUGGCAAAGUUUGGCCUAUCCCCCCCCCCCACCACCACCGGUACUAAUUCACCGAGAAUAUGAACCUGAGCUUUAUGCUGUGGGUUCAGAGAAAAGUAAGCCAUGUUUUGUGUUUUUAUUUUAAUGAUUACUUUCUGAAAUGUGAAAUCCUGAUUCAAUUGUAAUUUUGACCUCAGACAAGCCUAUUACAACCCAGCUGUCUGGAUUGGAGGACUUUUCAAUACAGAAGGCGUUUUAUGUAA